AAGAAAACAAAACAAAAAGCAGAAAAAAGAAAGGAAGAGAAUAAAAUAAAGGAAAAUUAAAUUAAAUUAAAAACAUGUAAGAGGAAAAAAAAAAGGAAAAGAAAAAAAGAAAAGCCAGUUACUGGUUCCAAGUCCAACCAACCUUUUUGCUUUCCCUGUCAAUCUAACAGCACCAUAAUCUUUCAAAAUCUGAAACAACCCAUUAGGCAGAACCAAAUAAGGAACCAAAAUCUGGGAAAAAGAAACAAACUUGUCAUUGGGUUUGGUCUGAAUUCUGAUUUGCAUUCUGCUUGUUUCUUCUUCUUCUUCUUCCUGUGUUUCCUGCAGAAAUGCUCUCUGCAAUUUUACAUUUUAGGAAGAGUUUUAUGAAUUGGGAGCUAUUGUUUGAUGUGGGUAUUGAUGGGUGAAGGUGAAUAGGCAAAGGUGAGGGGUGUGUGAGGGGAGGGUGGAGCAAAGUUGGAGAAGAAUAUGAACAAAGAGUUUACCAGCAUUGUGAAGGCUUGGGAAGCAGCAGUUCGCAUUUCAGCUGGUCCAAAGAAGAGGGCAAAGAGCAUUUUCUCACCAAUGUCUGUUGCCCAUGUUGAUGAUGAUGAGCCAAGGCAAGGAGAGGUGUACCAGGUUGAGAAGAUUCUCUCCAAUGGUGAUUUCUACACAGGCCAAUGGAUUGAAAAUUCACCCCAUGGUCAGGGGAAAUAUCUCUGGACAGAUGGGUGUAUGUAUGUUGGUGAAUGGCAGAGAGGGAGCAUAAUGGGGAAAGGGAGGUUCAGCUGGCCUAGUGGUGCUACCUAUGAAGGUGAUUUCAAGAGUGGUUACAUGGAUGGUAAAGGGACUUACACAGGAUCUUCAGGGGACACCUACAAAGGUUGUUGGGUGAUGGAUUUGAGACAUGGUCAAGGGACUCAGAGUUAUCCCAAUGGGGAUUUCUAUGAUGGGGAGUGGAAGAAAGGGUUGCAGAAUGGACAUGGGAGGUACCAAUGGAAGAAUGGUAACCAUUACAUUGGUCAAUGGAGGAAUGGGUUGUUUUAUGGGAAUGGAACCUUGAUGUGGAGCAAUGGGAAUAGAUAUGAUGGUUGUUGGGAAGAGGGGUUGCCAAAAGGGAAUGGCACAUUCAGGUGGGGUGAUGGGAGUUUCUAUGUUGGGGUUUGGAGCAAAGAUCCAAAGGAACAAAGUGGGACUUAUUAUCCUUCUGGUUCUUCUGAUACCCAUUUGGAAUGGGAUCCUCAGGAGCUGUUCUCCACAGACUUGAAUGAUUGCUGUAUUUGUCCUUGUGAGAAGGUGUCAAUUUAUCCUUCACACAAGACUUCCAACAUGCUUGGGUUAGAGGAGGCAGUGGUGUCUAAGAAUGGAAGGCCGCGGCGAAUGUCCGUGGAUGCAAGGCUAAGUAAUCACAGUUGCGAAGAUGUCUCAAGGAGUCCUCAGGUUGGUAAUUCUGUUCCAAGAGUGCCAAAUUUGAGAUUAAAGGCUCCAAAGAGACAGGGUGAGACCAUAUCCAAAGGGCAUAAGAACUAUGACCUCAUGCUUAAUCUGCAGCUAGGUAUCAGACAUGCUGUUGGAAGACCUGCUCCAAGUACAUCUCUUGAUCUGAAGUCUUCUGCAUUUGAUCCCAAAGAAAAAGUAUGGACUAAAUUUCCACCAGAAGGAUCCAAACACACACCGCCUCACCCAUCUUGUGAGUUUAGAUGGAAGGACUACUGUCCGGUAGUGUUCAGGGCUCUAAGAAAAUUGUUCAAAGUAGAUCCAGCUGAUUACAUGUUAUCAUUAUGUGGUAACGAUGCCCUUCGAGAACUCUCGUCCCCUGGAAAAAGUGGAAGCUUUUUUUAUUUGACAAAUGAUGACCGAUACAUGAUAAAGACCAUGAAGAAAGCAGAAGUUAAAGUUUUCUUGAGAAUGCUUCCUGGUUACUACAAACACGUUCGGGCUUUUGAGAACACCCUUGUCACCAAGUUCUUUGGCCUCCAUUGUGUUAGACUAACAGGAGCUUCACAGAAGAAGGUCCGAUUUGUCAUCAUGGGAAAUCUAUUCUGUUCACAAUAUGCAAUCCAUAGGCGAUUUGACUUAAAAGGUUCAACUUUUGGCCGCACAACUGAUAAAGCUGAGGCAGAAAUAGAGCCUACAACAACACUUAAGGACCUUGAUCUAAAUUAUAUAUUCCGGUUGCAGAAGUCUUGGUUUCAAGAAUUCUGCAGGCAAGUGAAUAGGGACUGUGAUUUUCUUGAACAAGAGAGGAUUAUGGAUUAUAGUAUGUUGGUAGGUCUUCACUUUCGAGGAACAUCGUGUAAUGGCAACAAUACACCUUCUGGGGAUCACAGUUCAGGCGCUCAAACCCCAACUGGUAAUGGUGGUAGCUUUGAUGAUGGAGCUCCUCGUCUUUCUGGGGUGGAUGUGGAUCAUCUUGUAGCAGAUCCUAAUCGGUGGAUUCAAUUAGGCAUAAACAUGCCAGCACGAGCUGAGUUGACUGCGCGAAAAAGUGUUGACACUCCUCAGCUGGUUGGAGAACCAACCGGGGAGCUAUACGAGAUCAUAAUCUUUUUUGGUAUAAUAGACAUAUUACAAGACUACGACAUUAGUAAAAAGCUUGAGCAUGCUUACAAAUCAUUCCAAUAUGAUCCAACCUCGAUUUCUGCUGUUGAUCCAAGGCUAUACGCGAGACGGUUUCGUGAUUUCAUCUUCAAAGUUUUUGUAGAAGACAAAACUUGAGGGUUAGUUUUGACAUUAAGUAAAUGACAGCACUAACAUGAUCAUUCAUAUUUAUACCAGAAUGGCCACCACCAAACCACACUAGUUGGAGGGUAUUUUUUGUGAUUGAGGGGUUACACACUUAUAAGGUUCUGAAUUUUUUGUUCAUUUUCCCUUCCAUCUUUCACCCCCUUAAAGUUUGUUAAUUUUAUGUUAAUUAUAGUCA